AAUUCCCAUCAGGCGGCGGGGAGCGAGGGCUUCCCGGCCCCGCCUCUGCCGCGUGGCCCCGCCUCCUCCGGCCCGCGGAGACUGCGCUGUCUGGCGGGCGCGCUUUUCCGGAGCUACGCCUGACUCGCUGGACAGAGCUCAGAAGGCGUGGUGCUGCUUCCUCCAGCUCUCCGCUGCGUAUUUGCGCCCUCCAUUUAGGAAUCUGUCCCUCACUGUCCUGGUACCCCCACGCCUCUCAGCCCCUGACCUUCGCCUUCAGAGGUUCUGGCCAGGUGCCGGACGGGGCGCUGUGUCAAGGGCGACCCCUCAGAGCAGCGUCCUGUGCUAAAGGUGCUGCUUAGGAUGAAUAUGAUUUGGAGAAAUUCCACUUCUUGUCUAAGGCUAGGAAAGGUGCCACAGAGAUACCAAAGUGGUUACCACCCAGUGGUUCCUCUGGGAUCAAGAAUUUUAACUGAUCCAGCCAAAGUUUUUGAACAUAACAUGUGGGAUCAUAUGGAGUGGUCUAACGAAGAAGAAGCAGCCGCCAGAAAAAAAGUAAAGGAAAACUCAGCUGUGCGAGUCCUUCUGGAAGAGCAAGUUAAGUUUGAGAGAGAAGCUAGUAAAUACUGGGACACAUUUUACAAGAUUCAUAAGAAUAAGUUUUUCAAGGAUCGUAAUUGGCUGUUGAGGGAAUUUCCUGAAAUUCUUCCAUUUGAUCAAAAAACUGAAGAGAAGGCAAGAGAAUCGUCAUGGGAUCAUGUAAAAACUAGUGCUACAAAUUGUUUCUCAAGAAUGGACUGUCCUACUGUGCCUGAAGAAAAAAGUCAUUAUGUGAAAAGUUCUGGCUCUUCAGAAGGUCAAAGCAAAACAGAAUCUGAUUUUUCCAACCUAGACUCUGAAAAACACAAAAAAGGACCUAUGAAGACUGAAUUGUUUCCUGGUAGCAAUGCCAGUUUCAGGAUACUAGAGGUUGGUUGUGGAGCUGGAAAUAGUGUUUUUCCAAUUUUGAACACUUUGCAGAACUCUCCAGAGUCCUUUCUUUAUUGUUGUGAUUUUGCUUCUGGAGCUGUGGAGCUCGUAAAGUCACACUCGUCCUACAGAGCAGCCCAGUGUUUUGCCUUUGUUCAUGAUGUAUGUGAUGAUGGCUUACCUUACCCUUUUCCAGAUGGAAUCCUGGAUGUCAUUCUCCUUGUCUUUGUGCUCUCUUCUGUUCAUCCUGACAGGAUGCAGGAUGUUGUAAACCGACUCUCCAACUUACUGAAACCUGGGGGAAUACUGUUAUUUCGAGACUAUGGAAGAUAUGAUAAGACUCAGCUUCGUUUUAAAAAGGGACAUUGUUUAUCUGAAAAUUUUUAUGUUCGAGGAGAUGGUACCAGAGCAUAUUUCUUUACAAAAGGUAUGCUAAUCUACAAGAGGAAAUAAUUGCUCAAAAUUGUU